AUGCAAGAGGCCGGUCUCCGGGCGGUGCGCAAGAACCGAUACAAUAUCAUCCAGACCGACCUGGAGGAUGCCUAUGCCGCCCAGGUGAAGAGUGGCCACGAGGAUGACCGUCUUGAGUUCUACCGGUAAGCUCGGUAUUGCUUGGGAGCGCGUGGAUGCGGGUGAUGAAAGUGUAGCCCGGACCGUUGUAUUAUCAAUAAUCUGUGAUACUUGGGAAUACAUUCAGGAUUCAAUUUUUGAGGUAGGACUCGUGAUAAGAUGCGAUGUGAUAGAGAAGCCGUACUACGUAAGGGAAGGGUCAAGAGACAGGCAAAAUUUCGGCUGCAUUGUACCACUCAGGGUCUAGUAAACAGUAUCAAACUGGAUAAA